AUGACUGACUUACUUACCCGCCAGGGCCCUUUGGCUCAAGUCUGGUUGGCGUCCAAUUAUGAUAAAAAACUUUCAAAGCAGCAAUUGCUUAAAACAAACCUUGUCAGUUCUUCGGAAUACAUCUCCAAUCAACCCAUACAAUCAUCUUCCAAAGACAAUGCACAACCCAUUACGUUGAGACUUUCAGGACAUUUGCUUUUGGGAAUUGUUAAAAUCUACUCUAGAAAGACAAAGUAUCUUCUAGAUGACGUGAAUGAGGUGUUGUACAAGUUGAAGAACUCGUUUAAGUUUGCUAGUGGAGCUACGUUAGGUACCAGUGCAGCCUUUGUCAACUUGCCUCCACAACAGACAACUCUUUCUAAUAUCAACAGAAUCAUGCUUCAAGAUCAGGUCACUGAUUUGAAUCUUUUGUACCAGGACGACUUGGAUUUGGACGAUCACCCUACAGAGAGACUUCUUGACCAGAUGAGCAGUGGAGAUGGUGCAACAGAUAACGUUGACCUUGACAGGUCCAUUGAAGUUGGUCGUGGCGUCGAAGAAAACGAGGACUUUGACUUUGAUUUUGAUUUGAGUAUGGAUGUAGACACUUCGAUCGAACAGGGCAGAGACGCUCAAGUUGCAUUGCCAGAUGCUGAACAAUCGUUGCUUGACAUAGGCUCUAAGACCGCAGAGGGCCAAGAGCAGCCAUUGGGUUUUGACCUUGGUGAGCCUUUGGAAACCAUUUCAGAGUUGCAAACUGAACAACAAAGUGCUGAACAAACAGAGAACAGACAGAGACGCAGGCUCGUUGGUGUCGGUGAGGAUGGUCUUGUUAGAACCACCAAAAGAAAAUUGGUUGUCGAUUCUGCCGAGGACCUCGAGCGUGGACUUCCAGUUGAAGUCUUGAGAAGUAUUCAACGUCUUCAGACAUUUGGACGUUUUACGGACGAACAUUUGACCAUUAACUUGACACAGUCACAAAAGUUGCAACUCAUCAAGGAACUUGCGGAACCAAGUGUUGCUAAGCGUAGAAAGAUCUGGAAUCUUGAUGACGAAUUGACACAGCAUGCUAACCAGCUUUCCGCUGAGGAGCAGCGCCAAAGGGAUGCCCAAUAUGAGGAUGAUUACGACUUAGACUUUGAUUUAUCUUUACCAAGUCUUGAAUCUGACAAUGAGGGCUCAAAUGACCAAGCUGACGCUUUGGAAGAUGGAAGUCUCAGCAAUGUUAAGACGACAACACAAGUGGCCCAACAUCUUAGGAACACUUUCUUAGACCAGCCAACAGCAUCUCUUGACGAUCUCAUGAAGAAGGAUCUAGAGUUUAAAGAUGCUGAAGACCUUCCCCUCGGAAUGGUCAGCAAAACAGACACUACAAUUGAGAUAAGCAAAAGAAGGGAAGCCACCAAAUGCUUCUUCGAGACGCUUGUACUUGCUACACAAAAUUGCAUAACUCUUGAGCAAAAGAAGACCGAGCCAACAGACAUUGGCGAAAAGAUUACUAUCAGGCCGCUUGACAAUCUUGCUGCCAAAUUCUUGUAA